GACACGAAAAAAAUACAAAAUUUAUUCCAAUAUUUUUUAUUAGUUAGAAAUUUAUCGCAUUGUCUCUUCGUUUUAACCUUGAUGUAAUUUUGUUAAUUUGUUAUCUAAGUGGCUUGUAGCUGUUACAAAAAAUGAACGCUUACGGACUAUCGUUAAUUAUGAAAAUGGGAUGUUGGUGCAUUAAGGAAAAAAUCACGGUCAAUGGCAAAAGAUACGUCGUCAUCCAGAGACUUGCUGAAGGGGGUUUUAGUGUGAUAGACUUGAUCGAAAAUGCUUCGACAAAACGAAAAUUCGCCCUGAAACGCGUUUCCUGCCACUCGCGCGAGGACGAAAGCAUCGCAAAACGCGAAAUUGAGAUUAGCAAAAUUGUGCAGCACAAAAAUGUGAUUGAUGUCGUGGACUACGAGCUCAGGGGUUGUGCCGAUAUCGUUCUGAAUACGGUUUCAAAGUUAGACAUAGUUUUGCCAUAUUUCCGAAAUGGGACGCUUGCAGAUCACUUGUUGGUUCGUUCCAAAACGAAUAAUUACAUGUCCGAAGGUCAAAUUCUCCAAAUUUUUCUCGGGAUUUGCGAAGGGCUACGAGCAUUUCAUGAAGCCUCCCCCGCCCCCCUGGCACAUCGAGAUCUCAAGACUGCGAAUAUUUGUCUGAGUGACACCAUGGAACCAAUAAUAAUCGACUUGGGAUCCGCAUCUGAGGCUCGCGUCGAAGUACGAAGUCAAGCAGCAGCUCAACGACUUCAGGAUUUGGCUGAGGAACGAUGCACGAUCACAUAUCGACCCCCAGAGCUGUUUUGUGUGAAUUCGCAUUGCACAAUUGACGAACGAACGGAUAUUUUUAGUUUGGGAUGUUGCUUGUAUGCCUUGUGUUACUUCAAGUCGCCCUAUGAUGCGGCCUACGAACGCGGCGAUAGCGUGGCGCUGGCUGUGAUGUCGGGCAACGUGAAUUUCGUGAAUAAUGCGCCGUAUAGUCAGGGCUUGAAAUCACUCAUUGAAUCGAUGCUCAGUCAAAAUAUACAGGAACGACCGUUUAUUGGGGAAGUUAUCGCCAAAACGACAGACUUGGUGAACAAGUUGGAGCAUCGAAUUUAAGAAAGUACCUUCGAAAUGGUAUUUUUUAGCUUUUAACUGCUUUUGAACUCGACUCACACUCCGCAAGAAUUAGUUUGUGAUUAAUUUUAACGAAAAAUAGUGGAAAAUUUUAACGAUACCAGUAAGAAAAUAUCAUACCAGGGAUCAUUUAUGUUUAUAAAUUCAUCCUAAGGCAAGUGAUUUUUUUUAGAAAAUAUUUCACAUUUUAUUAAACCAGAAUUUUUUGAAAAUUCUAGUUGGGAAUAAUUUUUAAUGAUACCUAAUUAAUUUUUUUAAGUCAAAAAGUGUUAAAAUUUUUUUUUU